GUUGUGUUGGAGUCCAACCCUUGAAAGUGGACACAAUCAGUCAAGUCAUCAAAGAACCGAAGAUUAGAUUAGAUAAUUAAAUUCCCGAAUAUGGUGGACACAUUUUUGUUGGGCCCCACUUUCACAUUCCCAACCUCCAACAAAAUCUUCAUUUCUUCUUCAAUGGCUUCCUUUCCAAUUCCAUCUUCUCCCAAUCACCACCAUCCUCUCUGUUACUCAAACCCUAACAAUCCUCCUAAUCCUCAUCCUUCUUUGCUCGUCUUUUCUGGUGGAACUGCCUUCAACGGCGUCGUCGAAGACCUUAAAAACUUCACCACCCGUGUCGCUCACGUUCUUCCCGUUUCCGACGACGGUGGAAGCACCGCCGAAAUCGUUCGCGUCCUCGGUGGUCCUGCGGUUGGAGACAUACGUUCUAGGUGUCUCAGGUUGUCUGAUCAAAGUACCGCCGAGGCUCUUGCUGUUCGAAAUCUGCUUGGUCAUCGUCUACCACUUGACCCUUUCCAAGCUAAAUCAGAAUGGUAUUCUAUUGUGGAAGGUGAUCACGAUUUGUGGAAAGGUGUGUCAAAACCCUACAGGGAGACUAUUCGAGCUUUUCUGGUUUAUUUCCAAAAUCAGAUUCUCUGCCGGUCUGAAGGAUCAUUUUGUUUCAGCAAUGGCAGCAUUGGGAAUUUCUUUUUUGCAGGAGCCCGUAUAUUUUUUCAGUCCUUGGACGCAGCAAUAUUUUUGUUUUCAAGAGUUUCUGAUAUUCCCCCUGAAAGCCUUGUUCUCCCGGUGAUUUCAACUAAUGACAGACUUACAUUAGGGUGUGAAUUAUGGGAUGGAACUAUUAUACGGGGACAAAAUGAAAUUUCUCAUCCAACCAGUGGAACAAUGGAACCUAUUAAGAAGGAAAGCUUUUCGGCUCCAGCCCUUCCUUCAAAAAUAAAACGGGUGUUCUACAUGUCAAGCGAGGGAAAAAAUUUGCUCCAUGAGGUCUUUCCCUCGGCUAAUGUGGCUGUAUUAGAACAACUAAAUAAUGUAGAUUGCAUUGUGUAUGGCAUGGGCUCCCUUUUUACUUCAAUCUGCCCCUCAUUGGUAUUACUGGGGAUUGGAGAAAUUAUUUCUUCACGGUCCUGCCUCAAGGUACUUAUGUUAAAUGGCACACGUGACCGGGAAACUAAUGGGUUUUCAACUUCAUGUUUUGUAACUGCUAUUACCGAUGCUCUAAAUCGAACGUACGGAGAACCACACAAUCGCUUACAGAAUCUUCCUAGUCAAUAUAUCAAUACCCUUUUGGUGCCAAGAAACAGUGAAAUUUCUGUUGAUGCUGACUGUUUGGCUGCUCAAGGAAUAUUUGAUGUGAUAGUUGUUGACUCCCUACUUGAUCCGAAAGUGGGUAUAGUAUAUGACCCAAAGUCACUAAUUAGAGCUCUUGCUGACCUAAUAGAGAGAUACAUGAAGUCGUAAGUUAAUGGCUUAAUUGGUUACCAUAUGAUUUUGAGGGCUAAUCUAAUUAUAAUUGCCACAGUAUUGACUGCCAAAUCAUACUUUUGCAGUCUGUUCAUCAAAUAGACAUGGUAUGAAAUUCUUUUUCUUUAUCAAAACCAAAUUUGUCCACUACUGUAAUUCAAUUUUUAUACUGACCAUAAAUUAGGAAUUCUAGGUGAAUUGGCCUAUUUAUUCCCUCGCGUCAAAAUACAGAGUCAGCGACUUGGGUAACAAUCAAAAGUUCUCUUAUUUUUGUAAAAAAUAUUUGAUUCUGUAACAAUCAAAGACAUGUUGGAGUGCUGUUGUAUUAUAUAUUAUUUUUUUAGGACAAAACAAUCUCUAGUUAUUGUUGUGUAUAAUUGUAUACUAAUUUUUGUGUAUGUGUAUCAUUUUUUAUUGACUUGA